AUGAUUUUUGGCCCAAACGAAGUUAAGCAAUCGGCUAUUCGUGAAGAAAUAGCGAAUGUUUCGAACAAUAAUGAAUGUCAAGCGAUAACGUCACAACUAGAAAGUCAAAACGAAAGAUGGAAAGAAAAUCUAAAAAGAAAUGUUGUUGAGCAAGCUGCUCUUCUUCUUCUGAAUCAUGUAAAUGUGUCAAGUACACCAGACAUUAUCACUGUACAAAAAGAUAUAACUGAAACAAAUGAUAAUAAUAAUAAUAACUGGAAUGCAUUUUCGUCGUGUGUGGAUUCCCUUAUAUCAAAACAGCAUAAUUAUCGAAUAGACAAAUGUUCAUCGUGGUUAUCAGCGUUACAGUCGAACAAGAUUCAAACUAGUAGCAAUCCUUCGUUCACAUCAUUGUGUUUGAAUAAUGGAUCGUUAAUUACAACGACUUAUAGUGAUUGCCUACCAGCUACUUGUAAAGAACUAGUGAAUAGAAAAACAGUUGUUUUUGACAAGUCUUCCUCAUCUUUGAACAGUUUCACAUUCAAUCGCUACUGUAAUGUGUCAGCAAAUGCGUAUAUACCAGAACGACAAGCAGUAAUACCUCAAGAAGAGCGAUUCCAAGCGCCAAAUGAUGAUGGAAUGACUUUUCGACAACGAGUACUACCAGAAGCAGAAGCACAUAGGCAACCAGUAAUAAUGGUGCAUAAGAAAAAAUUGCGUCGGGACUAUUUUCUGACAUCGAUGCAAGGCUGUUUUCAGCCGACGUAUAGUCGAAAUAGUUUUUACGCUUUUGAUGCCUUUAAUAUGAAUAAACUCCGCCGAGGUCUGAGAUUAGAAGAACAGUGUGAUAAUGACAAUGAGGAUAUCUAUAGAGAAAGAGAUUUUAAUGAAAGACGUCAAUCGAGAAGGAACUUGCGAAUUUAUCAACCGUCCGAUAGUGUUGAUCAAUCACGAGAUCAGCGUAAUAAACGCAAAGCGGAAAGAAACAUUGAAAAUUGUCGUCCGGAAUGCAUCUGUUCUGAAAUACAAUUGAGGAAAAAACAACACAGGGAAACUAUAGGAAAGAAGGAGCAUGAAAAAAUAAUGACUGAACUUCAUCAACAAGAAGCAGAAUGCCAGUUACUUGAAUGCUGUUCUAAAUCGUGUGUGGAGGUGAAUAAGAUCAAUUAUUUACCAAAUGAAAAUAGUCCCACUACAGUGGCUAGAGAAACAUCAGUUACACCAUCGAUCAAGCACAAACCAAAUCCAGGUCCAUUGGAAGGUGAAAUAACUACAACAAGUCCAACGAGAAAGACUCGAACAUCACAGAAUAUGUUGAUGAGAUUAGAGAAGAUUCUGGGACUUUGUCAUGAACUGCGUACAUUAGCUAAAGAUGUUGAAACACACGUUAAUGUUACCAAUGAACAAUCAGAUAAAUCACCAAACACACAAAUUCAAUCAUGUAAAUCAACCACAAGCAGCACAAAGCCGAAUGCUGCCAAUGAUGAAGAUUGUCAAUCCCAGAUAGAUAUUGGCGAAGAAGUAAAUAUUCAAACUGAUGUUACUUCGAUGAGUUCCGCUCGAUCUUCACCGCCAGUACCGACAACAACAGCAACGACUAAGAUACCAAUAACACGCAGUCCAGAAGACAUUUGUUUAUGUUUUCUACAGUCGUUUCUUCAACAAGCAGGCCAGACAGAAUGCAUAUUGUCAUCUAAUGAAGAGUUGUAUUUAAAAGAAUUGACUCGAGCGUAUCUCUUAGGAAAAAAUGGAACAUGGAAAGAACUUAACAAAGUUUGUCAGAAACACAGAAUGGAAAAUUUCAUCGAUAAUGAUGAAUUCGUACCCUCUGCAUUGCAAAGAACGAGUUGGCAAUCGAGACAAAGUGUAACAACAGAGCCACUUUUUUCUAUCAAUGAUGACGAAAUAUUUAUAAAUCAACAACACAAUACAAAAUAUCAGUUAUUUAUUUUAGAACCAAUGGGUAGCAAACCGACAACAUGUAUACCAGGAAUAGGAAUCAAAUAUUCAAAACUGUUAGCUAAUUCGGGUUUUUUAACGGCAAGGCGUCUAUUGGGCUUUUACCUAAUGAAUAAAACAAACUCUUAA